ACCGCUCUCUUUACCCACCCACAGCCCCGGCUCCCUGGAACUGUUGGCCUUACGGCCGGUUCGCUGUCUGUUCAUCUCGGACUUCGGCAAUUUUCCACCUUCCUUCCACCGGGGGGGCUAGUCCUUACCCUUCCCUUUUUUGAGUCCAUCGCGAGGGCCAAGUCGCCAAGAACAACAGGAAACAUUCGCCAUGAUCGACGGUCCAGACUCGGAACCGCAGCCACCAUCACUGCCCAAGAUCAGCCCUAGAAAGUUGCACUGUGUAUCCGUACCAUAUUGUGUGAAAUCCUACAGUGCCAGGUCUCUCAGCACAGCACGUAGUGUGCACACCAUCCGCUUUGGGCCACGAUAUCCCAUAUCUUUUCUAUCUGGUGAUCUGAUGAUCUGGGAAAUACGAAGUGCCAUUAUACAGGUCAGUAGGAUAUUAUGUAAACGUUACGCUGUGGGCCUAACAAGGGAGGGUCUGCCAGGGUAUUAGCAAGGGGGUAGGGGUACAUAUCUCAACGCACAAUUUGUAGUAGGAAUCAAUGUAUUGUAACUAACAGCUUGGGACAAUUCUAGUGGGUUCGGCAAUAGAGGCGCGGGUAGCGGUGCAUUAAUUUGGCGGGAUUUUCUAUGGGGAAAAAAUGUAGACUGGACGUGACCCAAUUAGGAAGAAUCUGCGGGUC